CAAAGGGCUUAUCACCAUUGCACCAGCAAACAGGGUUUAGUUGCACUGAGGCAGGCCAGCUUGAGCAGGCAAAGGGGUUUGAGGUUUGCAACCUGAACUUCUCCUCAUCGUGGUCCCUGGAGUCCAGCAGUGAGAAGGAAGUGACAGGGUGCAGAGCAGAGUUGAACGUUAAGAGCCAGACCAUCUUGCCAGCACCGCCACAUGGUAGGAAGAUGGGACAGCGAAGUGGGAAGCGGUGCCCAAACCGCAGUCGUGGGCAUCUCAGAAAAUUUGUGAGCCGUAGCAUGGAGACAGUUGUGAUGCCUGGAGACGAGGUACACCAUUCCAGUUGUUCUUUCAAGAGCAGAAGCCUGGAACGCUCACUUAUGUUUAAGGAGCCCCCUGAAGUCUUGACACCGAGGAAGUUUCGGGUCUCUCCUUCACACCAGCCUCUGAAAGGGAUCUUGAAGCAGCCUGGCAUGCAAACCGGCCCAUGCCCUGAGACCUUACGCAAGUCCCGCUCAGUUGAGACACUCUCCCAUGGCCGUGGUUCGUGCAAGUACAGUGAUCCUCAGCUCUGCCCUGUCCGUAAGGAGAAACGCUCUCUGGAGCACAGCAGCAGUAGUGCUGCUGACAUUGCCAAACGCAAAGAGAAACGCAGAGAGGAAAAACUGCAGUUCUCCAGAUUCCUGGAUGAGAUUAGCCAACGGGUUCUGAGUCCCAUCCGCUUGCGCCCACUAGAAGAGACCAGGGGAGCACAGCAAGACCAGAAUUCUACCUGUUGUGCCAGAGGCUCUGUGCCAGAAGGCCAAGGGGAAGGUCACCUGGAAGAGGUCAAAACUAAGCGUGCAUCUGAAAGAUCCUCCUGCCCAAGCAGAAGAAAAUCAGAAAAGAAAUGUGAGGGAAUGGGAAUGGCUUCAUGCCAGAGAAAAUGUGCAGAGGAGGCUGAGAGAGUUUCCAAACUAAGAAAGAAACCCAUCCUUGGGAGAAAGGACAGUAAAGAGAAGCUCCUUUCUUUGGACAGAAAGGUAGUAGAUCUGUGUCAGUAUGAGCUGCAGCAGCUGGGAGACUUGGGGCUGGCAGGGACAUCCUCUGGGCAGCAGCACUCACUGUCUUCAUGGAAAAGCAGUGCAGAGGGCAAGAGGGAUGAAAGGAGUCCCUGUUCACAGCUGUUACAGCCAAACCAUCUAUGCGCUAAACUCGAGCGGAAGCGUACAGUGGAGCGGAACCACCCAGAUAAAGGAUCCUUCUCCCCUCCAACACACAGGAGUUGGGAGAAGGGACCUGCCCCAUCUAGAUGCUCCCCUUCCUUCAGCCUGGCACUGAACAAGGAACCCUUGACGGAUGCAGAAAGGAUGAAGCUGCUGCAACAUGAGAACGAGGAGCUGCGCCGACGGCUGAUGUAUGUGACUAACAAAAUGGAAGCAAUGGAGAGGGAGCUGGAGUCAGGUCAAGACUACCUGGAGAUGGAGCUGGGUCAGAACCGGGAGGAGCUGGAGAAAUUCAAGGACAAAUUCCGUAGGUUGCAGAACAGCUACACUGCUUCCCAGAGAACCAACCAAGACCUGGAAGAGAAGCUGCAUGCCCUGGCCUCUCUCAGCCAAAGCUGGAUUUUUGCAAUUAAAAAGGCAGAGAUGGACCGCAAAACAUUGGACUGGGAGAUUGUAGAGCUCACUAAUAAAUUGCUUGAUGCCAAAACAACUAUCAAUAAGCUGGAGGAACUUAAUGAACGCUAUCGACAGGACUGUAACCUUGCGGUACAGCUGCUCAAGUGUAACAAGUCCCACUUCAGGAACCACAAAUUUGCUGAUCUUCCCUAUGAGCUGCAGGAUAUGGUCAAUAAGCAUUUGCACAGCACCCAAGAGUCUGCAGGGCCUGCUCAAGAGGCAACCCACACCUUGGCACCAUCUGAUGUUGUGCCCACCUCAGUCAUUGCCAGGGUUUUGGAGAAGCCAGAAUCUCUGGUGCUGAAUUCAGCCAAGUCUAGCAGUGGCAGCUGUCCUGUGGCUGAGGAUGUCUUUGUGCAUGUGGACAUGAGUGGAGCCCCUCCUGAGGCCUGCAGCAGUGCAGGGCAGAUGAAGAAGGAGGGAGGGGAAGUCGGGAAGCAGCAGAACGGUGGCUGCAAGCCACAGGGCAGUGUGGAAAGCAUGCCGGAGGAUGUGCCAGCCUUUGAGAAGCUAAGCCCAUACCCUACACCUUCACCUCCCCAUCCUAUGUACCCUGGACGGAAAGUAAUUGAGUUCUCUGAGGACAAGGUAAGGAUCCCAAAGAACAGUCCCCUGCCCAACUGUACAUAUGCUACGCGCCAGGCCAUCUCCCUCAGCCUGGUACAGAGUGAAGAUGAGAGCUGCGACAGGCACCGAACGCUUCCCAACAGCCCUGCUUCAGAAGGGCGCCGCUCGGCCUCCAGCUGUUCCUGUCAGCAGUCCCCCAAAGCAGCCAGAGCUCAUGGCUCUUCCCAGAGCAGCCCCUUCAGCAGCCCUCCCCAGAUCCCGAGCGCCUUCGCCAGUUCUGCCAGCUCCGAGGAGGACCUGCUGGCCAACUGGCAGCGUAUGUUUGUGGACAAGGCACCCCCCACCUCAGAGCAGGUGCUGAUGAACCGUACAGCAUUCAGCCGUGACACAGCCCCCGAGCUCCAGAAGAGGUUCAGCCGCUCCAUGCAGGAGCUGGAUAGAGCAGCCUCUGCCUACUCAGAUGGCGAGGAGUCUGCUCAGAGCUGCAGCUGGACCGUGAGCCGGGACUCAAGUGUGGAUACAGACAGCACCGAGUCCAGAGCUCGCAGGAGUCAUUUCUCCUCUGACUAUGGUACAGAUUUCUCCCAGGAUGAAGCCCAGAAGCUGUUGCAGGGAAGCGGUGGAGGCACUGCUGAGCCUGGAAGUCCACCCCCAGAAAAGCACAAGGACUACGUGGACCUUGGCUUGCCUGAGAGCCCAGCCGAUGAGAGAGAGUUGUUGCUCCAGGGAAGCAAGGAGGGUAACCAAGCAGGAGCUCAAGAGGAAAGCGGGGAAGGCAGGGUCAAGCCUCCCUUUAGUCGGCCGCACCGCAGCCCCAAGAGAAUGGGGGUCCACCAUCUGCAUCGCAAGGACAGUCUGACACAAGCCCAGGAGCAAGGCAACCUUCUCAGCUGAGGCAGGGGACGCAGCAGCCACAUGCUGCAGAGCUGUGGGAUGCCUCCGUCUUUCUUCUGAGGGAGAAACUUCUCUCAAUGCCCUCCACCCUAGGAGGAGCUCUGGGCUCUGCUCUUAAAUGAUGUAUUUAUUCUCUUUUGCUACCUGGAAGAGCUGGGCUUCCUAUUCCCUGGCACCUCAGACCUGCAGUACUAGCACAUGUGCGGAAGCACACCCACAGCCCUGGCACACUCACAGCUCUCUUCACAGCCUCACACUGGUGCCUGUACCAGACCUUGUUUUGGUACCCACGUCCUGGUGCCUCUCCUCUCUGAGCUCCCAUCCUCUCUUUCUCCUUCCCACUCAGGUACCUGAGGCCCCGGCUGCUCCCAUACUGGUGCCUGCAGCUGCUCUGCUCUCUUUCAACUAGUGCCAACAGGGCAGGGUGCCUGCAUGGUGGUGUCUGAUUCCCUGGGAGCCCCCAAGGGCCAUGAGAACUCUCCCAGGGGAUGGAUCUGGGCCCUGGGGUGUAUGCUGAGGAUGUUGGUUUCUUACUUUCCUGCUGGGUUUUCCCCCCAACCCCCUGGGUUGUGUUCUUCAGAAUCUGCCCCUACAGCUCCCCAUUGCUCGGCUCAGCACCUGGUCCCUAUUGAAUCGAGUGCAGGGCUGUGCUGUGACAUUCAGCUGAGAGGCCUUGGGGAGCGAGGGGGGUCAGUCCCUUCCCAGGCAGGGACAUUGCCCUGUGGGCCAUGCGGUUUAUUUGUGCGUCUCCUCCCUCACACCUCUUCCCCCGCUCUCUGUGCUGUUGUUUUGUUUGAAUGGUGCUGACGCCUUGCUCUUGGGUGGGCUUCUUUCUUCUUUCCAAGCCUUUGGUUUUGGGGUGUAUUGGUUUUUGGGGUUUGUUUUUUGUUUUGUUUUUCUUCUUUUCCCCCCGCCCUGCAUAAACAGACACAGUGGUUGGCAGCCAGUCUGUUGCCUGCACUAAGGGUGUGUUGGGGGUGGCUCAGCUCUGAGCUGCGCUUCCCUCUGAUCCUGGCCUUCAGCCUGCAGAAAUCCCUCCAAACAUAGGAAGGAGAUCUUGCCCCUGGGGGAGUGAGGCGUGAAGGAUGCUACUGGGAUUUGCUGGGCAGGGCUUUGUGUACUGUGGGGAUGUGAGGGAGCUGCUCCCUGCGUCUGCACUACCUCACUCCUCAGUAGCAGCCCUCUGCCAGUCUCUUUGUGCCCCACUCUGGGGGCUCCAGGGCUGGCUUUGGUGCUUCCACUCCUGAGCAGGGCCUCUCUGCGUGUUUUUCCUAGUGUAGUGUGGUAUUAUGUGAUUCUUCUUCACGGUCUCGUGUGCUGUGUCUUUCAGGGGGGAGGGAAAGGGAGAGGUCUGUAGAUGUAGGUAUUUUUUUUUGAGGGCUGACAAAGCCUGGUAUCCAGUUUUUAAUUUAGUCCUGUGCCCCUUGUCCGUGUUUCAUCCCCAGCCCAGGGGUGUGAGGCAAAGGGCUGGCCUGCUGCCUCAGCUGUGCUGCCCCCACACCAGCUGGCUGUCCCUUAGCUUGCUGUCUGUUUUUUGUGUUGCGUUUGUGUUGUCUUCCUGCCCUACUCCCUUAGUUCUUUGCUGUCUGGCUGUGCUGGAGAAGAGCAGCCCACUGCCCAGGAGGGAGCUGACAGCAAGAGAUGCAGCCAAAAGCUGCCCAGGGUUCCUGCUCCCCUCCCAGACCUCCAUCUUGCCAGAGGGUCACGCUUGCAGCUGGGGGCAGCCAUGGCCCCAGCUCCAGCCUGGAGGCUCCAGGGCCAGUGAAAGGGAGCUGCAGGCCUCUGGGGGCUUGGUGUGCCCUCGUUAGUUGGAGCUGCUGCCUAUAUGCUUACCUUCUGUCCCACCUCCAACAGCUGUGGAGCUCAAUGCCGACCUCCGAGGUGGAGGUGGGACUCAGUAUUUUACUACAGUAUUUCACUCAAUUCCUGUGCAAACAGGCUGGUGCUGAGAGCAGAAGAUCCCUUUUAGCUUGCAGGGCAUUAUUUCCUGUCCUCAAAGUUGCAAUGGGAUCCUUGCGUUUGCUCUCCCCUGCCACCAUGCUGCUGAAUUUCUCCUGCUCUUCUGCAGCAGUACUGAGGGCUUUCACCUGCAGCAGCCACCACCUCGUGGCCCAUGGACAUCACCUGGGGUUGGGUGCUAGUGGUGUGAGCUCCUUGGGCUCUCAGAACACUUGUAGCACAUGUGGGACAGCCUGUCGGAUGAGGCUGGUUGAUGUGGGUUACCCAUACCCCUCAUUGCAGCAGGGGGGCACUGCCCUUCAGGGCUCAUCUUUCCUGGUGUGCUGGUCAGGAGACAAAACCCAUUCUCUUGCUGAAACUGAUGGUGCUGGGCAGAGCUGGGCUGCCCCAUGCUUUUGGUCUCAGUAAGCUAAAAGCACAACGGAGGAAAGAAGGGUGGGAAAGGAGUGCCCACAGCCUUCACACGCAUUCGUUUCACUGGCAGGCAGUGAGGGGGAGCGGGCAGCCUAAGGAGGAGCAGAGCCCCCUCCCAGCCAGCAGUGCCUGCCCUCUGCUCUCCUCCAGCAGUGUUGGCUCCAGGGCCUUGAGCUGACCCAACUUUCAGUGUCCCAACUCCAGACUGUUAAUCUGUAACUAAUGUGUUUUGUUGUUAUUUUUUUUCUUUUUUUUUUUUUUCUGAAAUUUUCAAACUGAUGUAUAUUUUAAGACCAGAAAUAAACUAUUUUAAAAGUAA